AAUGAGUGCAGACGGAGGAGGCAGGCUGAAACCGGCACAAAGUUCUCUCUCUCUACACACACACAUACACACACAUUCACCAACACUGGAACUUAGAGGCCCAGGUGGACAGAUAAAGCUGUGAAGCAAAGAGGAUCACAACGCUCAAAAAGCAAAAGGACUUUGAAAGAGAAGAGGAAAGAAAGAGAGAAACACGGCUACCUGAGUGCGUGUACGUGUGUGUGUGUGCUGAAGUUUAUUGAAGAGCUCGUGAUCAUGAUCAUGUACGGUUAGGAUGGUGCUGCGAUCCGGUUCCACCAGGGGAGCCUUGCUGAAGUUCGUGACCCCAGCGUGACCUCUGCACGUGAUGGGUGAGACUGGUAAGAUGGCGAAGCCAUGCAUGGGUCUGGUGCUGGUCGAGUUCGGGUACGAGUACAAGAACCAAGAUGGCUGCAUGGUGUCCAUCAAACCUAAUGAGAGGUACACACUCCUGGCCAAGACCAAUGACCACUGGUGGCACGUACGCAAAGAUGAGUGCACCAAGCCUUUCUACAUCCCCGCCAAAUAUGUGAAGGAACUACCGUCAACUUUGCCAUCGCCCCUUGACUUCGUCGACGUCCCUGCGCCCAAGCCGACACCUCCCAGUGUUUCCGAUGUCACAGAGAAGGCCAAGUCCAAUGAGGUAACCAUCAGGACACGCUCUCCAGGGAACCACCGCAAGAUAGACAACCGCAUGUCCACAUUUGGUGUCCCAUUAGACAUCCACGAGCCUCCAUCAUACAUGUACGGAGGUUCAGCGGACCCCAUCAUUUCCCUACACCCAGUCUCUACUUCAGAACCAGCGAAGCCCAAGAGAAGUAUCACUCCAAACUUGUUACUGGCCUCCCAUGAGUCGUCACAGAAGCCUCGAGCACCGAGCCUGAGCCCCACUGACCUGCUGCUUCGCCAGGCCAAACCUGUGGAGCCACCGGUACUCAAGAACAUGAUCGACACCAGGCCCCAGGGACUGCAGCUAAAGCCUGAGCCGCUCAUCGAGCCAGAGGAGGAGUCCAGCCAGGAGCACACACCUUCUUCGGAAUCGGAGAAUAUUUAUGAAUCCAUAUCGGAUUUGAACCUGGAUGAUUUGGUGAAGACGGAACCUGCUGCUCAGCACGAUCCUGCUCAGAGUCCACACUCAACUGCACUGCAGGGAAAGCAGGAACGUGAGAACCCCACUGUAGCGGUGUAUGCUAACGUCACUGAGCUGAAGAAGCUCUCACCUCGUAUGCAUCCGUCUUCCAUCUCCACCUGCUCAUCUCCCAGUCUCCCUCUCAGCCCCGCUCCGGACUCACCUGAAUGGGAGGAGCAACCUGAGCAGGACAACGGCAAAAUGUUUUACCCUGCCACACACCCUCAUAGCCCCACUCUGCCCAGAGUCAUGGACUCCCCACCUCUGCCUGCUCCAUCAGUGCCUGCUCCAUCCUCACUGCCUCCGACUGUCUCGCAGGGAUCUGAAUGGAUCCAGCUCCUAGACGAGACCUCGGGGAGACCCUAUUACUACAACACCACACUGAAUCAGACAACCUGGGACGCUCCCGAGUUGCUCAGCCUUCAGCAGGAAGGACCGCCCCCUUUACCAGAAGAGGAUUACCCCGCAAAUGAUCAUGAGGUUCAGGACGUCCCCUUCAGAGACACGCCCCUGUCCCCGGUCAAACUGCCUGUCCUGCCUCGGCUCACUCUGGACCCCAGAACCCCUGUACCACACGGCUGGAGCUGCUCUACGGCUCCUGGAGGAAAAACAGUCUUCACCAAUGACCACACAAACCAACAGUGGAUCCAGUCGAAGGAUGAGAAAGGCCAGACGUAUUAUUACCUGAAGGACGGCUCCGUGUCUCAGUGGAACCUUCCGGAGGUGUCAGCGUUGGGGAACGGCGUGGAGCAGGAUGUGCUGAAGAGCCCGAGGCUCGGCCCACAGGAAGACACGCAGAAGUUUGUUCCGUCCCACCGCAGGAUCGCUUCUGAUUACAGCACGGAUUCAUCGAGCACAGGGACCUCGACAGACACACAUCAGGAGGACGACGUGAGGCGGAGGAGGAAUCUGUCCAGCACAGACGCACACCUCCACCACCCUCACCACCCCCACCACCUCCACCACCCUCACCACCCUCACCACCUCCACCACCCUCACCACCUCCACUACUCUCACCACCAUGCGUCACUGCUGGAGAAGGCUGGCAUUCUCAACAAGACCAAAAUAGCAGAUAACGGGAAGAAACUGAGGAAGAACUGGGCUCAGUCAUGGACCGUACUUCAUGGAGGAAUUCUCACCUUCUACAAGGAUCCCAAAUCCAAUCCGAGUGGGCAUGUGACUAAGACGAAUCAGAUCGUCCCAGAGUUCACCGUGGAGCUGAGAGGAGCUUCAGUCGGCUGGGCCUCCAAGGACAAGUCCAGCAAGAAGAACGUCCUGGAGCUAAAGACUCGUCAAAGCUCAGAGUAUCUGAUACAAUACGACACUGACAGCAUCAUCCACGACUGGCACAAGAUCAUCCAGGAGACCAUUAAACAUUUGGAUCAUGAACAUGACACGGAGGAUGAGGAUGAUGAGGUCAUGGAGAAAUUGCCCCAGCCUGGAGAGAAAGAGAGGAAGAACACCACCCCAGCGACGAGACAGAGCUCCUCAGGCGCUGCGGAUUCGGAGCAGAGACGCGUUCGCACCAAACUGCGCAAGUUCCUCCAGAGGAGACCGACGCUGCAGUCCGUCAAGGAGAAAGGCUACAUCAAAGACAACGUCUUUGGCUGUCACUUGGACACCUUGUGUCACCGGGAGAACACCACCGUCCCCAGAUUUGUGGAGAAGUGUAUAAAGUCCGUGGAAAGGAGAGGAUUAAACAUCGACGGGAUCUACAGAGUGAGCGGGAACCUAGCGGUCAUCCAGAAGCUCCGGUACAAAGCUGAUCACGAGGAGGAUCUGGAUCUCGAUGAUGGUCAGUGGGAGGAGAUUCACGUCAUCACCGGAGCGCUCAAGCUCUUCUUCAGGGAGCUUCCCGAGCCGCUGUUCCCCUACAGCUUCUUCGACAAGUUCAUCGCUGCCAUCCAAGUCAGCGAUCCGAGUCAGAGGGUGUCGUAUAUGCGAGACUUGGUGCGAGCUUUGCCUUUACCCAACCACAACACCAUGGAAGUGCUGUUCAGACACCUGUGCAAGGUGGUUGAUCACUGCGACUCAAACCGGAUGUCUUUCCAGAGCAUGGCCAUCGUCUUCGGUCCUACUUUGCUCCGGCCCGAGGAGGAAUCAGGAAACAUGGCCGUCCAUAUGGUCUUCCAGAACCAGAUCGUGGAGCUCAUCCUCAACAAGUUCAAUGAGGUUUUCUCUCCCAGAUGAGCCGCUCAGCCUGAGUGUCGCACCUGAAACUGUGCUUGGGCUGGAGUGAGCUUUCAGCGGAUUCUGUGGAUCUGAACUGUGAACACUCAGGCUACAGCUCAUUAACUGUACAUUUGGAUUUCCUGUGGAGGUGGAAUGAAAGGACCAGAACGGAUUACACAGCAAUCACAGGUUCUUCUAUUUGGCUGGAUUAGCCACUGGGUUAAGAUGGAUUAUCAAAAUGCAGACUUCAGGAGCUCGUUCAGAUCUUUUAUAGUGACACUGAAAUGAACACGGCACUUCAUUGGCGUGGAUGAAAAUUUCCUCUCACGAAAUCAUGACGACUGGUGAGGAGCGAUAGAGAACAUCCUCGACGUGUUUCACCUCAAGCUCCAAACUCAGCAAGCCGUUGUAUAGAAAUUGCCAGUGGUGUAUUUUAUUUCAUGGUGGUGUAUCCAGGUUAGGCUUGUGCGAUAUAAAAUUUUGCCCUGCUCACAGUUUUUUAAAUGGAAAACUAUUGCAUGAGCGAUUUAAUCACCCAGAGCUUCUAGCCUUAAAAAAAAAGAGUAUUUCCAGCACUUCAGCUUCAGAGGAGCGUGUAACAAUCACCAGCUGUACACUGUAAAACCCGAUAAGGUCACUGAGCUCAAA